GUUCAGCCCCUCCAGCUGGAGACUCGGGUUUAUCUGGAUGCAAAGUGAACUUAUUCACGAGCUCCGCGCCGCGAGGAGAAGGAACGGUCCGUUAUAAGCCGGGAGGAGAGAGGCAGCGAGAGGGAAAGAGGAAGGGGGUGACCCUUUUUAACUCAAAAUCCGAGUUGAGAGGAGGACCCGAGCCAUGGCGUGUUUCUCAGCUCUUGGGCUGCUCUUCCUUUGCCAGCUUUUGAUUGCAUUCUUAGCCCAGACACCAGGCCCUCGGGGACCGAUAGGGCUGCCGGGACCCCCGGGACCCCUGGGGAAGGACGGCACCGAUGGAAAACCUGGUCCCCCCGGACUUCCUGGCAAGCCUGGACCCAAAGGAAAAGCAGGGGGACCUGGAUCUGCAGGAAAUGCAGGGCUUCCUGGCCUUCCUGGAGUGGAUGGUUUAACGGGUGCUGAUGGCAAAGCUGGCAAAGAUGGGCCACCUGGACCAAGAGGGGAACCAGGACCUCCUGGUCCAGGCGGGCCUCCUGGCAGAGGGAAACCAGGACCACCAGGUCCCCCUGGAGCCACAGGACUUUCAGGAGGAUUAGGGCCACAGGGUCCUCCGGGACCUGAAGGCCCUCCUGGAUCUACUGGUCCUUCUGGACCUCCUGGACCACCAGGUCUUCCUGGGGCUUUCCCCGAGGGCAGUGGUGAGGCUGUGUGUCCAGCCAUUUGUCCUCCAGGUCCACCUGGAGUUCCAGGAAUGCCAGGGUUCAAGGGUCACACAGGCCACAAAGGCGAAAAAGGGGAAACUGGAAAAGAUGGAGAAAAGGGUGACCCAGGACCUCCAGGUCCACCCGGCCCUCCUGGGACAGUUGGUCUCCAGGGUUCACGCGGUUUAAGAGGACUAAUGGGUCCCAUGGGCCCAGUGGGAGACCGGGGCCUGCCCGGCUUCCGUGGGCGUCCGGGAAACCUCGGAGUCAUCGGAAAAAGAGGUGACUCUGGAGAGAAGGGACCACAGGGCUUUAAAGGACCAAAGGGUGACAUUGGAAAACCAGGUCCGAAAGGCAUCUCAGGGGGAUCUGGGUCCAAAGGAGAGCCUGGCAUCCCUGGUCGAGAUGGUAAAGAUGGCACACAAGGAACAGAUGGGGAAAAGGGUGAUUCUGGCCGACCGGGAGUUCCAGGAGAGAAAGGGCCCAACGGACUCCCCGGAUUACAAGGAAAGGCAGGAUCCAAGGGAGCAAAAGGACAAAUUGGUGACCAAGGAGAAAUGGGAGAGGCAGGCCCUUCUGGAGAGCCAGGUAUUCCUGGUAUUCCGGGCAUUCCCGGAGAGAGGGGCGAGGCUGGGCCUAGAGGUGUAGCUGGAGGAAUCGGGGCUCAAGGAGACCUGGGGGCACCAGGGGUUAAAGGUUACCAGGGACCUAAAGGUGCUCAGGGGGACGCAGGACUUCCGGGGCCAACAGGAAUCCGAGGACAAUUUGGUGACAGGGGUCCAGUUGGAGCUUCAGGACCUAAAGGAAAUCCAGGUAUUGCAGGAAGUGAUGGACUUCCUGGAGAGAAAGGGGAACCGGGUCCAUUUGGUCCAGUUGGACAAAAAGGAGAACCUGGGAAACGUGGUGAAAUGGGUCCGAAGGGCUUCGCCGGUCCCCAAGGAGAAACCGGGGCCCGAGGCCCCCCUGGGAAAUCAGGCCUCAUGGGCUUCCAGGGAGAGCAGGGCCUGCCGGGCAUCGCGGGGAAAAUCGGCGUUCCUGGCAAACUGGCCAGCGAACAGCACAUCAGGGAAAUUUGUGCGGGAAUGAUAGAUGAUCAGAUUGGCCAGCUGGCUGCAAACUUGAGAAGGCCCCUCGCACCUGGCAUGGUGGGUCGCCCAGGGCCUCCUGGGCCACCAGGACAGCCUGGACCCGCUGGGUCGAUAGGACACCAAGGGCCACGAGGGCCUCCCGGAUACCGAGGGCUCCCGGGAGAGCUGGGGGACCCCGGCCCCAGAGGGGACCCAGGUGAGCAAGGUGAUAAAGGACAUACAGGCAAAGGCAUUGAUGGACCUACAGGAGACCAAGGGCAUCAAGGCCUUCCUGGGGUGCCCGGAGUGAGUAAAGAUGGUCGCCAUGGCACCCCGGGCGACCCGGGCUACCCUGGUGAGCCUGGCAGAGUGGGGAGAACCGGUGCCCAGGGGUCCCCAGGAAUCUGUGACACGUCGGCCUGCCAGGGGGCCGUGGCGGGAGGAAAAUCACCCAGUCCGAAAAACAGUUAAACUGGGCGGAACGGCAGAGUUACCUUUUUUUAAUUAAAAAAAAGAGAAAGUGACUGGAUAUCUAAGAACAAAAGAGUGAGGAAGAGGGCUGAAAAAAACCCCGCAAUACAGCAAUAAAAAAAAUCACUCUUCCAAGAAACUAAAAAGGACAGACGUCAGUAAUGAGCAAGAGCGCAAGAACAUCAGUAUUGCUCCGUAAACAAUAAAACAGUCUCCCAUGAAUGACUUUACUGAAAAGGUGCUUAAAGACAAUUCUUCUUUUCUUUCUACACACCUCUCUUGCCAAACAGAGGCCCCUCUCCCUGCUGUUCCUCUUCCUGAAUGUCUUUGUGGUAGGUUUAGAGUUCAAACGCAGCGCUGCCCUACUGUGGCUUUGUGUCUCCUCAGCAGGAAAGCUUACCUCGCAGAACACUGUCUUUCGUGAUCACGAUUCUGAGCAAGAGCCAUCAUUCUGCGCAGGGGCUUUGUAUAUAGAAUUAUAAAUAUUACAAAGUGGGUCCAUGUAUUUUGUAUAGUUGAAGUACACCUGCAGUAAGAUCCAUUCUCAACACUUACCUAGUUUUGGUGUUAUUGGAAGCAGCUUGUAAAGUGUUUUUGUUUGUUUUUGUAACAAUGCAGUGUUUAAAUUGGACUUAAUUCUGAAAGCCAAUUCCCCGCAAAAUAUGUCAGGAAAUAAAACCUUUUAAGUGUCUCUGUGGGUGCAGCAAACAAUUGUUACAAGUAUGCAGUCCUCCGUGAAGUGUGCUUAAUCCCUUUCCACGUCUUCAAUGUAAAUCCACAUCCACUAUGCAAUGGUGCUGUAACUAUUAAAUAUACAUGAAUUUAAAUUCUA